CCGGCAACAUGGCUGCUGGCAUCGCAAACCAACAUUAUCCCCGUCUCCUCCUCUGAACCGAUCACUCGGGUUGUCAUCUCUUCUUCCCCUACCCUGUCUUUUUUCCCAAGACUGUUUGUCUUUGUUCGAGUGAUACCUGCUUGGCUGCUCUUUACCCCCCAGCCGUGUCGACCAUCAUGGGGGCUGCAAAGAGACAUACCUCGUCUCACUCGAGUCCGUACAACAGACUCGUAACGGUGGCCGUCGCUUUCGGUUCUAUGACCUAUGGCUACUGCUCGGCCAUCAUUGGGAGCACCAUCGGGCAACCAGGAUGGUAUCAGUUCUUCGACCUGCCUAUGCAAGGCGAACCAGGCUAUGGCGGAAAGACCACCGAUGCGAUUGCGACGGCGAACGGUCUAUACAGCGCAGGCGGAGCAGUCGGAUCUCUUUUCAUUGCUUGGUCAGCUACUGCCAUUGGCCGCAAACGAAGUAUUCAACUGGGUGCACUCUUGGCCAUCAUCGGAGGCGCUUUCCAGGGAGGUGCAGCGGCGCUGGCCAUGUUCCACGUGGGCCGAGUCAUCUCGGGCCUAGGGAUCGGGAUUCUCGUCACGGCCUGUCCGAUGUAUCUGUCUGAGUUGGCGCCGCCUGAAAACCGUGGGUGGUUGGUUGGCCAUCAUGCCAUCUUCUUGGUGUUUGGAUACAUGCUCUCGGGAUGGCUCGGGUAUGCAUGUUAUUUCGCAACGGACAAGAACCCGUCCUUUGCAUGGAGGUUUCCCCUCUGUGUUCAGACUCUUCCGCCGUUGGUGUUGGCGAUCACAUCGAUCUGGAUCCCCAAAUCGCCGAGAUGGCUCCUCCAAAAGGGCAGGACCGAAGAGGCCUGGACCGUUAUCCGGGCACUGCGCCGAUCGCCAGAAGACCCAGACGAUCUAGUGGCGAAGGAGGAACUGUACCAGACCAAAGAGCAGAUCGCGCUUGACUCCGCCAAACUGAAGGCUGUUGGAUAUGGCCCCUGGAUGGCUUGCAUCAAGAAGAAGAGCUAUCGCAAGAGAAUGAUCAUUGGCUUCUUGACGCAAUGGGGAGCCGAGUUUGCUGGUCCCUUGGUCAUUAACAACUAUAUGGUGAUUCUAUACACGAACCUCGGGCAGACAGGAUCGAUGCCCCUCCUUCUCUCCGCCGUCUGGCUCACCACAGCCGGUGUCAUCUACAACCCAACAGGCGCGUGGCUCCACGAUAAGGUCAAUUCCCGGCGCUUCAUGUACAUGUUCGGCACGGCGGGCUGCCUGGUGACGACGUCGAUCCUCUGCGCGCUGCUCGCGACGUACGCCGGCACGACGGACAAGGGCGGCAACGCGGGCGGCGUCUUCAUCGUAUUCCUGUACCUCACGUUCCAGGGCACGUUCUGCGACACGACCAUGUACCUGUACGUGAGCGAGAUCUUUCCGACCGAGAUCCGGCCGAUCGGGAUGGGCUUCUCGCUGUUCGGGCAGUUCGCGGCGACCAUCAUCCUGCUGCAGACGGCGCCGAUCGGCUUCGUCACCGUGGGCUGGAAGUACUACCUGGUGAUCGUGUGCUGGUGCAUCGUCUACCUGCCCAUGAUCUACUUCUUCUGGCCCGAGACCGCGCGCCUGUCGCUCGAGGAGAUCUCCAAGCAGUUUGGCGACGACGUCGCCGUCCACGUCAACGACAUCAGCGACGAGCAGCGCCGCGAGCUCGACGAGUUCCUCAAGUCCAAGGACAUCGUCCACUCGUCCGCCGGCGCCGACUCGGGCUCCCCGGCCACGGAGAUCCAGGAGGAAGCCACGGAGAAAGUCUGAAAGGGGUUUCCCUGCGAUGUACUUACGCCUGUACACGCAUGUAUUCACAUUCACGUCCUGACAAUAGCAGGUCGGCGUAUACAUGACCGACCUGGAAAAAGAAAGGGAAAAAAGAGGAGAGAUGAAGACAAGGAAGGAGGAGGACAAAACCAAAAAGAAUUGACUGACGACGCGAUCGACGACGAAAAAACUGUUUAAUUGGGCUUUUCCCGCCUCCAACUGCGACUUUUCUGGUUCUAAAUACCUAGUUCUAUCGUUCCCCCCGUACAUACAUACAUAACACCCGACGCAAGUUUCGAGGGCUUUUGCAUUUCGGGAUAUUUGGUGUCCAAUGUGAGGUUGCAUAGCAGGUUUCCCAAUCCAAUAUACAAAUACUGGGUGGGCAUCAGAGAGGAGAGGACUGGAAUCUUAUCAUGAUUGUCC